AUGGAAGCAACCUUCCACUUCCUUAUAUCAGUUUUGAAAGCAACAAGGUUGCUGGUGUGUGGAAGAUGCGCCGAAACGUCAUGCGUAGGGGCCAACGAUGAUUUUCCAGUAGCUGCAAACUGUGCAACUUCUUUACCGAGCCUGGUGCAUUGGGGUGCACCAGAUAAAAUUUCAAGUUCUGACAGCGACGUCAUGAAGUCAAUGAAAUUACUGGCUCUCACAGCAAUUGUAGGGCUUGCUUCGGCCAUAAUACCCGAUGUGGAUCAGCUAAGAAACACCAAGGGUGAAUCAACUUUAGAACCAGGACACCAAUCGCUUCCUGAUUUACUUCAGAUCAACGACGUGCACGACCUUGAUUUGACUUGGCAAACAACCAACCUCAGGUACGACACUGGAAGGUUGAUCCUUGACCAAGGUACAGGAAGCUUGUGGUCGAUUGCCCAAUUAGCAAACUCACUAGAUGAAUGGACUGCCGAAUUGACAUUUAGAUCAACUGGACAAGUGAAUCAAGAUGCUCAAUUCCAAGAUAACGGAUUGGCGUUUUGGUUUGUCGAUCCUGAGAACACUCCUAUCUCGUCGUCUGCGACUGAAAACUAUGGUGGUCCCUCUUACUUCGAUGGUUUUCAAAUUGUGAUGAACAAUCGUGAUGCCGCAGGCUUAAAAAUAUUCAUGAACGAUGGUUCAAUUGCUCGACAGACCUCCCUCAGUGACUCGAUAGGCAAUUGUGUAUUUAACUAUCUUGACUCUAACAUUCCCUUUACCAUCAGGGUGUCAUAUUCAAGGCAAAGAAAAUGGUUCAAGGUUCAGGUUGACAACAACUUGUGCUUCAAAACGGACAGUAUCACCAUUCCAACAUCGGCAAAUGACUUGAAGUUUGGAGUUACCGGAAACAUAAACCUGCAAUCACUGGAAACCUUUGAGAUACUCAAGUUGUCGGUUUGGUCCUCGUUAACAGAAGAUGCGAUUGACGACCAUGGAUUGAUGGCAGAUGGUCAAUUGAAAGUACAAUACAAAACCAUGGUAGUUGACGAUAAAGAUGACCAUGUUCCUCCAGCUCAAAUAAGACAGUCUCUCAUGGAGAGAACACGUUUACAUCAAAAGCAAAUGAUGGAGGAACGGAGCUCUUUGAGUCAAGAAGCAUUAUUGCAAGAUAUUGUCGCUCGACUCGAAGCCAUUGAAAAAUCCAUAUCAAAUCUUGCAAACACCCAAAACACUAAUGAUUACGAAAGUCAUGCUGCAAACAAGCUCCAAGGUAACCUCGAGACAUUCCAAGCUACAAUUACCAACCAGUUCUCCAACAUGGUGGAUGCGUUAUCUAACUUGAACCAAAAGGUGAUAGGAGAGGUUAGAGAGCAUCAGCAUGGAAUGGACGAAAUAUCUAAAAAAGUCGAUCUUUUGAUGGCUAACCACAAGGAAAUUACUCAUCAGUAUAAUGAACAACAACAACUUCGUCCUCCUUCAUCGGAACUAACCACCACAAUCGUUAGGUGGGUUUUGACACCAGUAAUUUUGUGCAUUAUUGUGUUGAGUAUCUUCAUCUACAGAUUGAGACAUGAUAUCAAGCACUCCAAGUUGCUUUGA